UUGUCAGUCUAGCGGCUGCGAGCAUUUCAAGCACUGCCUAAUUGUAACAUCCAAAAACCCCUUCAUUGCUGUUCCCCCAGCAGCCAUUCGAUCAUUCGUUCAUUCCAAUUUCUCGGUCACGACGUGGAUUUCGAGAACGAACGACGACGGGGGUACCGACAGCUUAGGGCGUGGCACGUCCGUAUUGGUUGGGACGUCAUGGCCGCACGAUCAUACGUUCAUAAUGAUCAAGAGAGACAAGAGGAGCAUCAUCUCAAGCCUUUUCCAGGCUGGAACAGCCGUUGGAAACCUGUCGCGCAGCACUUUUUCAAUACCAUUCUGUCACUACAGCCCAUUCCGCGUGCCACCUCAUCUCACACUGUCAUCUUCUCGUCUGUCGCCGCGCGGAUAAUUAGUCGCACAUCACCAUAAUGGUCUUUUUGCAGAUGCGUUCAGACGCUCCAGGUUCUUCGAAGCGUGGAUUUGCUGGGGAACGAGCUCUCUGGGUUCCUUUCCCCUCUGGUUCUCCUUUCCUUAACUCUCUGGAACGACCGACACAGGAUCCUGUCCUCGUUAGUGAGAAAUUCGCGACUCACUCAGUGAAUCGUCUGAAGGAUUCGGAUCAUCAUGGCCGUCCAUCCCCAUCCCCACCACCAUCUCGCCGUCGCUCGCCUCCAUCACGGGCGUCACGUCUCCCCGUCCUCUCAGGCCUUCCUCCUCUCCUUCCUCGCAGCUUCCUCUGCCGUUGCCAUCGCGGUCCUAGCCAUGGCGUGCUCGUCGCUCCGCAGCCUCUGGUCCGUCUCGUUACAAGCAGACCCGCUCGGGGGAAUGGGCUAUGCAGGCGAAUCGCUGGCAUUGAGAGACGCUGUUGCUAGCUGGCGGUCGAGGGUGGUGUACCAUGUGUUUGUGGACAGGUUCGCUCCUCCCAAGCCCAUACUAUCCCAACCGCAGUGCGGCACGCUCUCUGAUUAUUGCGGAGGAACGUUCGCAGGAAUGAAGCAGCACUUGCCAUACAUCCGGGGGAUGGGCUUUGAUGCUCUGCUGAUCGGCCCUGUAACAGUCAACAGCCCGUACGGUUACCACGGCUACUGGCCUAGGGGCUUCGCCAUGCCACGUGCACAGCGACAAGGGGAGGACGGACAGCCACAGCUGGCCAUUAACCCCCAUCUCGGCACUCCCAAGGAGCUCAAGAGUCUCGUCGCCGCUGCACAUGCCAUGGGGUUCCUGGUCAUGAUGGACGUAGUGCUCAACCAUGUGGGGUGCCCAGAGGGAGGAGGGCCAUGUGACACGUGGCAGGAGACGAUUCGCCCGCCACCGUGGCUGAGCGACAGCUAUGCUCCCUUUAACCAGAGCGCCUCCUUCCACCCGCCCUGCACGGUGGAUUUCAGCCAGUACGACGCUGACAACUGGCAGCGCUGUUGGCUGGCGAGCCUUCCAGACCUCAACCAGACGAAUCCCGCCGUUGCUGCUGCGCUUCUACAGUCGACAGCCAAUCAUGUGCACUCAUUCUCUUUCGACGCCAUCCGCAUCGACGCAGCCCACCACAUGGCGCCUGAGUUCGUCCGCUGGCUCCCUACUCGGCUAGGGGUGCCCGCCUUUGCAGAGCUCUCCAUCCCCUCGCUGCCCCUUCCACAACGCCUGCUGGCAGGCAGAGCCUACACUAACUGGGCUACAGCUGAGCUACAGCAGGCGCUGCAGAUAGCCAUGGUGAACGCGUUCACAGGGGGGGACAUGGACGGGGCUGCACGUGGCGGCUUAACCCACAGCCCUGCUGCCGGCUCCACUGCCCCCGCGGGCCCUGCGUCUGCUGCCCCUGCCUUUCCUGCUGCUGCUGCUGUAAGGCCGGCUGCUCCUGUAGUGGGGUCGAUGGUGGACCUGGCGAGGGACAUGGCAGCAGUCUUUGAGGGAGCUGGGAAUGCGGACUUUCAGGGAACCUUCCUCGACAACCACGACUCGCCGCGGCUCCUGGGCUUGCUGCAUGGAGACCAGGUGCUUCUCCGCAACGCGUUGGUCCUGCUGCUGACAUCGAAAGGCAUUCCCCUCAUUUACUCAGGCACAGAGCAGGCCUUCAUGGGCGGCCCGGACCCCCAGAACCGGGAGUCCCUUUGGCCCUUCCUCAAUACGCACCACCCGCUCUACGGCUUCUUGACCGCUGUCAUUCGCUUCAGACAAAAGGUGUCCCUAUGGCAGUACAAGCACCAAGGCAUUCGAUUUGUCUCCACCCACUUGCUCGUGUUCCAGCGCGGACCAGCUGUCGUUGCGGUAACCAACACUCCUGCUGAUGUGCAGUUACACGACACUGUGCGUGUUACUGGUUUGAGAUACAGCGACGGCACCAUUCUUUGUAACGAGUUGGCUGAUAAUGAGUGCAUACGUAUAUCAAACAAAGGAGGGUAUAUACACUUCGAUGAUCGACUACCCAAGUUAUUCUUCCCUCUUUAAAGCAUCCCAUGUGUAAUGCUCGGGAGUUAGAAUGGAAUGUGUAUGGAUAAGAUCUGUAAUCCCAUGUCAGAACAAUGCAAUGAUUAUAGGUAUCGGCAUUGGUGGUACGGUGCUAUCAAUAAUUAGGAAAAAAUCAC